AUGUACCCCAGAAGGCCGUCGGCCCCAGCCCAACAAAACCAGCUAAACGUGGGCCCUUGCAGAGGUGAUUUGGUCAAUGGGACCAUCACCGCCUUAAAACACAACAAAACCUUUGUCAUUUCAUUGUACCACGAUCACCGGCAACAAAAUCUCACCCGGGCCAUUGCAAUGGUACAUUACAAAAAAAUCCAAGAUCUUUAUUGCUGGUUUUGUUGCAGUCAUAACAAACGCAUUUCUAUCAUCCGGGCCAGCGUAGACAUCCAUCCGGAGAGGUUUGGCCUCCCGGUUGGCGGGGCGGAUAUUGUGUGCUUGGAGCCACAUGAAUGCCUCCCCCAGUAUGUGUCCAUUCAUCCAUCGACCAAAGGAUCGAUGGUUGAGCUGCCGUGGUUUGAAAUCAAUAAUCGGGUUGCCAGGACUUGGUUUUUGAUAGAAUACACUGUCUGUCUGUCGGUCAUGCCCGAAAAUUACGACAACGCCCUGCAAUUUGUGCAGAGCAUGGAAAUGUAUAAAACUCUCGGGGCCGAGAAAGUGUACCUUUACAAAAUGAACUGCAGUUCGCUCAUGGACCGGAUCUUACAUUUUUAUGUUCAAGAAGGCACUGUGGAGGUCAUACCUUGGCCCAUUACUUCCUACGUGCAUUUGUCUUCUUUUUGGUAUUCUUACCAGGACUGGGGCUACGGAAAAACCACUGUUCUAAAUGACUGCAUUUACCGCAAUAUGUACCGAAGCAAAUAUGUGGUUUUUAACGAUAUCAAUGAAAUCAUCCUUCCCCUAAAGCACUCAAAUUGGAAAACGAUGAUCGACAGCCUGGAGGAUCAAAAUCCGGGAGUUGGCAUCUUCUUUUUCGAGAGUCACUUUUUCUCUCAGAACGUAUUUUCGUCUCUGGAUAAAUUCAACAUUACUCUCUGGAAAACCAUCCCAGGGAUUAACAUAUUGCGGCACGUUUAUCGCGAGCCCAAUAAACUGCACAUCAAUAUUUUGAAGAAAAUGAUUGUCAACCCGAGGAGUGUGGUUCAGGCGUCCAGCCAUUCCGUUCUCAAAGGGUACGGACGGACGCUUGAAGUCUCCAGGGACCUUGCCAUUCUUUACAACUGUAGGAGACACCUUGAAAAUGAAUUUGGGGAACAGUAUCUCAUACGGGACACAACCAUCUGGCGGUUCAACAUAUCGUUGAUUAGCAACGUGAAUAAGGUUUUGGAACACGUUCUCAGCAAUGAAGUUGAUAACAUUAGCCAGUACGUUUGGAGCAUGUUCUUGGGAAGCCUUGCGAAAAUCUUUUAG